AUGGAAGAGAAUGAGAGAGAAAAGAAGGAGAGAGAGGAGGAGCAAGAGAAGAAGAGGAAAGAGGAGGAGCAAGAGAAGAAGAGGAAAGAGGAGGAAGAAAGAGACCAGAAACUGAGAGAGGAGAAAGAGAAACAGCAGAAAGAAAGAGACCAAGCCCAAUUCCUUGAUCAACCGACUAUGGACAAUACUCCACAAACCCUAACCACCACCGUCGCCACUCGCAUCUUACACGAGGAUACGGACGACGAUGAAGAAGCAGACGGCGAGGGGCCCUGUGACUUGGAAACAUGGGAAACCCUACGCAAUAGCUUCAAGGAGGUCCAAUCGGUGCUCGAUCACAACCGCCGCCUGAUCCACUGGCUAACGACAAUCACAUGUCCAAAAUCCCCACAAUUUGGCCAAGAAUGUCAAUUUGAUUCGCCACGGAGCCCUGCUUCACCGCCUCCAUCGCGUACUCCACUUGGAACAGCCGCCCCGCCGGCGACCAUGUCGUCACGUCGGUGUCGUAUUGAUUCCUGA